AAGGCUGUGUGAAGGGACCGGCGAUUCAGUGAACUCUCAGCAGUCGACAGCCCUGUUUGUUUUCAGUGUAGACCAAUACAGUAGGAGCGAGGGAGAAGAUUUGGGUUACAGAGAGCUACAUAUCUCUACACUGUGGCCUCAUACAGGGGUCUUCACUGAAGGAUGAAGUGUGUGAGAUGCUGGCUGCCAGCGGCGGCCCUGCUGCUGCUGCUGCUUAGUGUGACUGGAGUCGACAUGGAGCAUCUCCAAGCUGAGAACCUGAAUCUCCUUUACCCAGAUGCACACAACGUGGUCCUCAACCAGGGAAUGAGAGUGCUGCCAAGAGACUGCCAUGAAAUGCUGAUGACCUCUUCGGGCCAGGCCAGAGAUGGGGUGUACCUGAUCCAACCAGGUGACUCCCCCAUCGUGGCCCACUGUGCUAUGCAGGAGGGAGGCUGGACGGUUGUGCAGCACAUCACCGUCAACAGCAGCGUGGAUUUUGAUCGCACCUGGGCUGAGUACAAGCAAGGCUUCGGGGCUGUGACCGGUGAUCACUGGCUCGGGAACAAAUACCUCCAUCAGCUCACCCGCGGCCCUGGGCGCUACAUACUGGGAGUAAAACUAGUGGACCGUGACGCCGUCACCAAAAUGGGGGAGUACGACCCCUUCCUGGUGGAGAGUGAAUCGUCAGCGUACAGGUUGAGGCUGGGGUUGUUCCAGGGCACAGCUGUAGACGCUCUGACCCUGGACACGGAGAACUACCUGCAUGACAACCAGAGAUUCACCACUAAAGACAGAGACAAUGACAACUAUUUCCAAAACUGUGCUAAGCUGGAGUUUCAGGGGGUUCCGGGAGGAGGUUGGUGGUACGACGCCUGCGCUGGUGCCAACCUCAAUCGCAGGAACGUCAUCUAUUGGCAGAAGGACUGCAACAAGGAGCGACUGUGCAAGUAUGCAUGGAUGAUGGUGAGACCUUCAGACACAGUUAAACUGGUUCCAAGUGGAGACUGCAAGAAAGAUGAGCUAUAAGGAUCUGGAUUCUGUGUGACACUGGGUUUGGCAGCUACUAAGGGCCAAGAGUUUAGUUUUUUUUUUAAUUUCUUUGCAAGAAACACUACAGAAUGCUACUUUUCUCCAAAAAGCCAUUAAGCUGAACAUUGAAUUCACCACAUUUUAUUCAGAAAUGCAUGGACAUGAUCACAAAAUACUGAAAGGAACAAGAAAAUGAAUCACAAACUUGGGACACAGUAUAAAAAUGUACGUUUUUAGCUCUAGCUUUGUUUCCAUCGAACACCAUGUCAACACACGAAGCGAAGCAUCUCAUCACUCCCCAAAUUGCAAGUGCAGCUGGUUUAUCACAGUUACAAGAAAGUGUUUCAUGACAUUAUAGCUUAUGACACAUGUAAAAUAUAUAUAUAUUUUUUCUUGCAUGUCAUCUCCCAUCCAAUGCUUACACAAAGGAACAUUUCACAAACAGCGUUUUAUUUGCCACAGUACAUUACAAGUUUUCCAGAAACACGAUGAAGACAUGAUGACAUACUGAUUAAGCUACAGAACAAAUACUGUAUUUCAAUGCUCAAAGAAAAAGAAAAUAUCCUGAGGACGAAGACUAAUAAACAGAUUAUAAUAAA